AUGGUCGUUGUCGUCGUUCGUGAUAUUUUUGUUAUUCCCGAUAAGUGGCUGAGGUCUGGACUGAAAUCCCAAGAAGGCUUUUGCUCUGUGCGUUACGUGCCCUCAGUCAAUCAGAACACCGCCCCGGCCGGACCCCAGAAGCCGCUGCGGAGAAGUCCCGCUCCGGCCUAG